UACCUUGCUCACGCUUUCCAAGGCGAGUUCUUAUCGAUGGCCAGCUGUGGUGUUGAAAUACCAUCUCGCCAAAUGCUACGCAAGCCUCGUGGGACCCCAUGAAGACCACUUGGCGACCAUCUCAUUCCGGUCUUCGUACCCGUUUCGCAGGAGACAAGCUGGUUGGCACGACGUUGGAGAACUUUAAGAAGCAUUGUUGGGCGUGAUGUACGGAAGCUAAGUUUUUGUGAGCCUUUGCAGGCAUAUUUCUGACCUAAGCCAUUUCUGAAACUCCCCUAUUCGACCCUGUUUGCGUAAAACUGAGACAGUCAAUAGUGAACAAGGCUUUUCGUUCUACUUCGUGGUUGCUGGAGAUAUGCAGGAGGCACCCCUAUCCGCUGCAAAAAGCUCCGUAAUCUGAAUGAUGAAAAUUUUUUGGAGGCAUCUAUCUAUUUUUUCCACGCUCACCAUCUUGCUCCCGAAGUUCACCAUGUCUCAGUAUCACGAGCAGCCGGGAGUAUACGAUGGAAGGGAGAACAUGCAGCGACAGAUAUGGCAGAUCCAUGAUCCGAACACCCUAGAUGAAGCGGUAGCGGCUGGUCACCUCAUCGUUGGUUUGUCAACAUCUUCGCCGUCUCAGUAGCUUCAGAUAUCAACAACCACACCUGCUGACCAUUGCUACAUAUAGUCGAUCGCGUAUUUCCACCGCAGAUCGUGGCCCAAUUUCUUCAAGCCUUAUUAUGGAAGACCAUGCCCGGAGGUGUGCCUACUGAUGUUGUUCUACCAACAGAAGACGAGAUAUCUCUAGGUGGACUGCCAUAUUCUCAGUGGGCACCUUCGCCCUACAGCAAAAUCCCAGGCCGCGCUUUUGAUCGGGUGCAAGUACAUAUUGCUUCUCAUGAAGACACUACUGGACUGCAAGUUGUUGACAAGAGCCUUCAAGCCAUGAAAGUCCGACUCUGGGAAGACAUCAUGCCAAUGACUAGGAACCAGUGGCGGCGAAAGCACCUGGAUGAUCCGGAGAAUUUUGACUUGGCUUGUCAAUAUCUAGGGUCGGUUAUCGACACAUACACAUACAUGAAUCUAGAGACUGUUCAAGAAUCGCUGAAGGGAGUGUUCAACAACAUUGCGAGAGAGUGGAAAAAUUUUGAAGCCGCAUUGAAUGCUAUAAGAGACACUAAGAAAGAGCCUCCGAUUUCGAUGAUCAGCCUCUGGGAGGAAUAUGUUCGUGGUCGAUGGGCCAUUAUGACGACGCGUAGUCACGACUGGGUGAUGGAGCAUGUUGAUAACCUUCGCAACAUUCUAAUCGAACAGCUCAAGCAGCAUACACCGCAUAGUCUUGAUACACUGAGCAUGGAGCAGUGGAAUAUUACGAACAAACUGCACACGCUUGCCGAGAUCACUGCGCAAUCUGGAUACUCUAUUGUUCUACCUAUGCACGGCUACAAUAGUCACCAAGCUGCAGAAACAGUCGAUAAUGGACUUUGCAGCCCAAGGAUUGAAGAGAGAGCAACGGCUUACUCCAUCCAGCUCAAAAUAUCGACACGACAGCGGUUGUUAUCCAGUACGAUCAAAAAUUUGAUGAACGAGUCAGAAUCAAUGAUGAGCGGGAUCGCGGACCCUAUCAGCAUGGUCGAGAACAUCAACAUUCAAAAGGAGGAACAGGAAGUGCUGCGUAACACAAUAGCAAAAGACUCCACGACGCCUCUUGCGGCAGCGGAAUGGAUUUUGAAUAUGAAGCAACUCAUCGAUUCACCGAAUUAUGGAAUCAACAGAUGGGGAUUUAUAACUUACCGCAUCACAUACGAGCAAUCAGAAGAGGAGUGGGCACAAUAUCUAGAGAAGUUAUAUGCUGACGUCGAUGACUGGGGAGAGGAUGUAGCAGGCGCGGAGAUGAUUUGUAAAAUGGCUCGGUUAAGAUGGAUUGAUGGGAGAGAUGUGGGGAUCGCGGAAAACGAUGUUGAGGCUGCGAAAAGGCAUUUCUUGGCCUUGACGAAGCAGGAUGAUUUCCAAGACAAGAGCGACUGGGAUGAAGUCAUAUUCCUGUUUGCAGAUGCCGCAUCGGUAGCCUCCUAUCUUUAUCCUAUCGAGGACGCCUCUGGUGAUCUACGGCCACACGGCGACUUCGGUGGAUUUAUUACCGCAGUAGAUGCCCCGUUCGAUCCCAGUAAUCCAGGCGAGCAUGCCGAAGAGUCGCCGGGCUUUACAGGACGGAUGCGCAUCUCUGGCAACUUCCUAUGGAGCGACCUCUUUGCUUUGGGCAAGACGCAAGCAGCUUCGGCGGAAGAUCUUUGGCCAUUGGCAAUGCAUCACCCAUGGCAGACGUAUGUUGGACCGGUGGUCUCGAAGCAGCGAGAGUUGUGGCGCGAGACUAGACGGAAAUUUGAACACGUUGAAGAGUUCCAGAGGCUGGUACCGUAGUUUGACUCAAGCAUAACAUGAUUUUUUUCGGUAUUCGCCUCUUUUUGCCUCCUCUUGCUGGUUUUGGUGUAGAAGGUGCGGCCAGAUACUGGAUUCAACUGAAGCACGGGAGUCGGAUGGCAAAUACGUGCGAAGAACAUGCGCGGGCAACUAGAAUCAUGCACGUUGAUCUCGAUUUGUACGCAUUGCCAUGUGUCAUGGAUCGUCAUUUGUUACGGAUCGAUUACGUGAUAGCCAGAAUGAAAUAAUAAUUUCUGGAUCGUCUUGGGUGGCUCCUAGUCGUGUCUCAAUUCAGAACUUCGCC